UUUCAUCUGUCCUAGAGAGAUAGAUGACACCCUCUCUUGCGCUCCCCCUCUUCAAACUCCAGCUCCAUAGGGUGUGUGUGGCACAGGAGAAGAGGCGGAGCGUCACGCUUAGACCCGGUAAUGCCUGGCAGACACCCCGGCUGCACUCUGGACAGUUUCACCAGACAGCAGCAGAAGCAAGCAAGCGAGCGAGAGAGAGAGAGACUGGGCACUCCAGAGAUCCUUCAGCACAGCAGGAACUUGGUCAUGGACCUGUCCUCAGGCAUGGAGGCCCAGGCUCUCCUAGAAGACAUGUUGGAAAUCACUGCCCAGAGUUUGGUGCACAUGGAGGUGUCUGAGCACUACCACAUCAUCAAGGAGUUGGGCAAGGGGAAAUAUGGGCAGGUGGUGCUGGUGACUCACAGGAAGAGAGGGACCCCUAUGGCUCUCAAGUUGCUGCCUAAGGCGAGCACUAAACUGGAGAAUUUCUUGUAUGAAUACUGUGUGGCCCUCUCACUCUCCACACACCCUGCCAUCGUUGGAAUGUUUGGCAUCGCCAUAGAGUCCAGCCAGCACUAUGGUUUUCUCUAUGAGGCAGCCUUGCACAAGGACCUCAUCUCCAUUAUCAAGCCCAAGGCUGGCAUCCCUGAGCCAGCAGCCAAGCUCUGUGCCAAACAGCUGGUGAGUGCACUGGACUUCAUCCACAGCCGGGGCCUUGUCUAUCGAGAUGUCAAGCCUGAGAACAUCCUCCUUUUUGAUCGCCAUUGCCACUGCAUCAAACUGACAGAUUUCGGCUUGACGCGGCCCCAGGGCACCCUUCUGCGUCUGGUGGUUGGGAUCAUCCCUUACACUGCACCCGAGCUGAGCCGUGGCACCGGUGACUCCCCAGGCCUGCCCAUCGACGCCAGCCUGGAUGCCUGGGCCCUUGGAGUGCUGAUCUUCUGCCUGCUCACCGGCUACUUCCCUUGGGAGAAGACGUUGCCUGAGGAUUCCUUCUUUGAUGACUUUGUGAUAUGGCAACAGUCCGGCCUAGAUGAAGACUUGCCAUAUCACUGGCGCCCUCUGUCGCCAGAUGCCGUCGCCAUGUUGCGGAGCCUCCUGGCUCUGGAGCCCACAAAGCGCGGUCCCAUCCGCCGGGUUCUCAGCUACCUUGACCGGCCAUGGAGAGCAGAAGUGGCAGCCAAAGACCCCUAGCACAAUAAAGCAGAGCAGGAAUCCAUUUUAUGAGGCUGGGGAGAGAAAAGCACUAAGCAACUCAUCCGAAUACAAAGAUACUUGCAGGAAUUCAAAUGUUACGUGCUCUCGGCUGGGUUAUUUCACAACAUUCCCCAAGGAACGUAACACUGGACAUUCAGAUUUCAGGAGGAGACAAAAUGUGUAUUCUGUAUGCCGUGUGUCUGAUAUUCUGGCACCCUUAGUGGCUAAGCAUCCUUGUGCUAAGAACAAACUCAUUGUAUAUCCCCAAAGGUAAACUCAUUUUUCCACAGGCUGCAGAAGCUGAUAUUCCCCACCUUCUGCCCAUCUUCGUCACAUCAUUUGGGAAAGGCUUGGCAUUCCUUGGAUGCGAGGAAUGUUAAAGGCUUUUAAGGACAUUUUCAGUUUCAAACUUUCAUAGUGCAACCAUACAUAAACCUUUAUCAUGUA